UUAGAGUACCUAUAUAUAAGGUCCCAAUGCAAAGACAAAAUGGAUUUGUUUGUAUUUUUGGGUGAAAGCAUUGCGGUAGUCAUGAGGUCAUUCGCAUUUCAAGCGGUUGCUUUAGCAUUGCUACAGUGUGUUUUUGGAAUAGAUCCAAUGGAAAAUCCAGAUCUGUUUGAAGGAGAUAUGAUACUGACGAAGAGCCAGCUGAAAGAGAUUGACCAGCAAAGGGGGCCUGGUGCUGAGUUUGCUGCCUUCAAAACAAGGCCAUGGCCUAUGCCUAUCUAUUAUGAAAUAGAUCCAGGGUUAAGCAAACACAGCUUUGCUGUAAAAGGAAUAAAAGAUGCCAUCAAACACUACGAGGAAAAGACAUGCUGCGCUUUGAGGAGAAAAAGGGUGAAAAUGAAACUUUGUACUUCUAUAGAGGAAAAGGGUGCUGGUCAUAUGUUGGCUAUAUUCCAAACAAAAUGGCUCCUAUUUCAUUGGGAUACGGCUGCUGGAGAAAGGGCAUCGUAAUUCACGAAAUGGCUCAUGCACUUGGAUUCUUUCACGAGCAGUCUAGGCCGGACAGGGACGAUUAUGUUACCAUCCUUUGGGAAAAUAUUCCAAAAUAUUUUAGAAACCAAUUCAAGAAAUAUACAUUGAAGCACAUCGAUUCACUAAACGUUCCAUAUGACUACUUGUCAAUAAUGCACUACAACAGACAUCAGUUUGGAGGUGACAAGCCAACGAUAGACGCUAAAGACCCUGCAUAUAAAUACAAGAUUGGACAACGAAAUGGUCUCAGUGAAAAAGACAUUCUUCAGUUUGGGAUAAUGUAUAACUGCCCUGGUUUUACCCGCCCACCUGUCACCAAGGGGUCUUCACAAAAGCCAACAACUCACGCUCCAACAAAGCAACAAACAACUAGAUUGAAAACAAUUCAGCCAACAACUAAAUUGAGUACAGUUGAACCAACCAGUAUGGCAAGAUCAACACUGAAGAAAACAACAACCCGGACCCAAAAGCCAAAACCCACAACGGUAAAGACAACGCCAGCAGUGUAUUACAGACAACUGCUGGUAUGUGAAAAUCGCACACGAAGUUUCAGUUGCUCCUUUGGCUCUGAGGUGAAAGUAGAGUAUGCCAUGUAUGGACGACAAAUUGGAAUGUACUGUCGCUGGGGACCCGUGAAAUCUAUAAACUGCAAAGUGCCAGAUGCCCUUCAACGAGUUAGAGCGCUUUGCGAGGGAAAACAAUAUUGCAAAAUGCAAGCAAAUGAUUUGUUCUUUGGUUACGAUCCAUGCCCAGGAACAUUCAAAUAUCUUGAAGUGCGGAUGGGAUGCAUGAAAAAAUCAUAGCUUCUUUGUACCCGACGUCCCUGAAGAGGCUUAGAGUCAACAGUCUUCUUGUUUUAUUCGCUAGCAAUUUAUUUAUCAUUUAUCAUGUAUCAAUCAGGCGUGGUAUAAUAGCAUCUACGUCACUACAUGACAAGCAUGGCCACAAUCUAAACGUUUACAGAAAUAUAUCAUGACUUUA